AUGAGUCGCAAUCUCACAUACCAUCCGACGGCUCAUGUUAAUCUGGAUCCACUCACCAUACAAAACCAAAUGCCCCCACCAAUUUCUUUCUCUUAUCUCACCACACUUCCCACGGUGGUAAUGGCCGAAAACCAACCACCGCUGCAGCCGUCAUCUGCGCCGCCGCCACCACCGUCGUCUCCGCCACACUCUGGCUCCGAUAAUCCCGAUCCCACACAAUACUGGUGUUACCAGUGCGAUAAACGAGUCCCCGUCGAAACCCGACCCGAUGAUCCCGAUAUCAUCUGUUUCGAGUGUAAGAACGGAUUUGUCGAGUCGAUCUCAGUUCCUUCUCACGCUCGACAAGUCAGCGAUGAAGAUACUCCUGCUUUCGGCAACGAGUUCCUACAGGUGCUCAGGUUAAUUGCUCAGUCGGCGCGUGAGGAUGACGAUCCUCCUCCUCCUCCUCCUGCAGAUCAUCCCGUUGGCGACAACGAUUAUCUCCGUAUCGAGCUCGAUGGAUGGGAUAACCGUAUCCUUGACGUCAACGAGGUCGAAGAAGAGGAGGAUCCUCAAGUAGACGAAGAUAGGGCUCGAUUUUACUAUGACGAUGAAGACGACGACGACGAUGAACAAGAAGAAGAAGAAGAAGAGACCGAGAAUCGGAACCAAGAAGAGGAGGAGACGGAUGAGGAUUUCGUCAGAAGAGAAAGGCGUGACGUGCUCCGUCUUCGCCUCCGCGACUUCGCGAGCCGAGCUGCAAACCGUCGUAACCGGAUUCUGGAUUGGGCAGAGAUCCUAAUGGGACUCGAGGACCAGUCUAUCGAAUUCAGGCUACAAGUUCCCGGAGAACACGAUGGUUACAUAGGCAAUCCUGGAGACUACGUCGACGCAGCUGGAUACGAAGCUUUAUUGCAAAAUCUCGCAGAGAGUGAUAGCGGCGGGAGGAGAGGCGCGCCGCCUGCCGGAAAAUUAGCGAUCGAGAGCCUACAAACAGUCGAUGUGAAUUCAACUAACAUGGAAAUCUGUGCGAUUUGUAAAGACAGAGUCUUCAAUAACGAAGACAAGAUCGCUAAGCAACUAGGGUGUGGACAUAUGUACCAUGGAGACUGUAUAGUGCCAUGGUUGGGUUCGAGGAAUACUUGUCCUCUAUCGAUCAUGGUUGUUCUUCAAGUUCCGGUGGUGGUGGUGAUUAAGAAGUGGUAGUUUCUUCUUCCUGCUUAUUCAUAUUGGAUUUGUGAUUUAUGGACAUGAUCAUGAUGCAAAGAGCUUUCUGAUCAUGGUGUGAGUUUUGCAGUUGAUGGUGUUGCUUAUUGACAUCAAGAUUUAAGAAGCUAGUUGACACUUGAUACAACAAGGUAUUAUUUCUGCAAAUUAAAUUAAGGAAGCCCAAAAAGCUUCGAGGGAUCUCGCUUUCUUAUUAGCCACAUCUCCUCUUUCCCUUAACUUGGCGUGAAAGCCCAAUGCUCUUCCCUCCCUUCAACUUGUCGCAAUCUCAUUGAUAACCCAAUGUUACUCCCUGGUCACUGGAAGUCCCACCUCCGCCACCACAGGUUAGCUUCUCUAUCAUCGUCGCAACCGCCAUGAUCCCCAAGGUACAAUUUGCCUCACCGUCAUUGACAUGCCACUACCGCCACCCUUUCUGUCUCUACUAUCUUGUAACUCUGGCCAAAUGCUACUCCCUCCCCAUCGUUUCCUUAUUUUUGGGUUGUUUUUCCUGUGAUUUUUUUUUUGAUUUACCGUGGUCAUAUGUUUUAUUCGGUUACAAGAAAAGUUAUUUUAGUUGGGGAUUGGUAAUUAUUUUACAUUUAAGAUCUUGUUCAAAUUUAUUUCGAUCAUCUUGUUCCUUUUUUGAUUUGGGUGUCAUUUGUUAUAUAGUAUGUACCAGUUCCGUUCAUGAAAAAAUAUAUGUUGAGCGGUGAUGAAAAUGCGUGGAUAAUGUUCUUCAAAUGUGGCUUCUAGGGUCCAAUUAGUAAAUGAUGUUGUGUGGUUGAGUUGAUCAAUGAGAUGGAAAAGAUGCUAAAA